AUGGUGGCCUAUCUUCGUCAAGAGGGAGUUACAAUCAUCCCAUAUCUCGACGACUUCCUGAUUCUGGGCAAGACAGAGUCCGAAAACCUCCGAGCAACGCAAAGAUUCUCGGAAUUCUUAAAAAGCUCGGACAAGGCCACGACUCUGACGGAAAAGAUCCCAGCAUUCCAGAGGACUCGCAGUUGCUUCAUCCGGAAGGCCAUGAGUCUCCUGGGAAGCCUAACCGCCUGCAUCCCCUCGGUUGCCUGGUGCCAAGGCCACACAAGGGUGAUCCAGAGUUGGAUCCUAGGCAUCUGGGACGGGAAGCAGUUUAAUGAUAUGAUAAAGCAAUGUGAUGAGCAGAAUGUAAAUAGCAAACAUAGAAAGUCAAAUAAGAAAGCAAAGAAAGAGAAAUUGGCUAAUAUGUUGUGCAUGCUAAUGAAAAUGAAAGAGGUAGCAGAGCAAAAGGAAUUGCAGUGGUACUCUGAAAAGGCUCAGUUAAGGGAUGGGCCACAAUCAACCCCAGAUCAUAGUUCCUCUCUAUUUACUCCUGUGUCAGAUGGAAGCAGACAAAGAGAGAUGCAUAUUCAUGGUAGCAAUCAUAUCCAAUCCACAACACUUUCUAUACAGGAUAAAACAAACCUAUGCCAAAUAUUGGGGAAAUUUGAUACAAGUGCUUCACCCAUUAAUCUUUCCAACAGGCUGGAAGCUGUGGUUAAGCAGUAUAAUCUCAAUAAUAGGGAUGCAUGUUCCUUGUUUAGGGUAUGGCUUCCAUCUCAGCUUUGUGAGAAGUUACAGCCUCCUGUGGGCACUCACAAAGGAUUAUCUGCAGAACUCAAUUCCAACUGGGGAAAUGCAAGUGAUAAGCUGAAAGAGUUGCAGAGAAUAAUGGGAGGAAGAGAUACUAGAGGUACCAAUGCCCUAGAGAAUGCAAAAUUAAGGAGAGGGGAUGACCCAAUCAUUUUCUGUAGUGAGUAUUUGACCCUAUUUCGUGCUACAUAUAACUGUCAUGACAGGCCUCCUCACGACAGCAGUUUUCUUUAUUCAAUGGCUAAUAAAUGCACAUUUGUUGACUACCUAACAAAGGUUGCCUUAAGGAACGCAAAUUCCUAUCAAGCCUUUGUAAAUAUUUUAAAGGACUGGAUUCAGGAGACUUGUAAUGACAACAAACCUCAGAAGAGAAUAUCAGAAAUAGUUAAGAAUGAAGGCAAAGUAAGAUUUAUGGGGAAGUGCUACAAAUGUGGAAAUACAGGUCAUACUAUGAGAGAAUGCAAUGACAGAGCUUUUUUUCCAAGAAAAAAGCAGCAAAAGCAAGGAUUAGAUAAUGCAGCUGAUGGAGUAUCUCAGCCUCCUAAAGCUACAUUGUAUGGUCCACUUUUGAAAGAAAUCAGAAGGAUAGGAAAAGCAAUAGCGGAGUUGCCAGAGGAAUUUAAGGCCCCACCACCAACAAAUCCUUAUGUAAAACCAUAG